AUGCGAAGCAAGUUCAAGGACGAACAUCCUUUUGAGAAGCGCAAGGCUGAGGCCGAGCGCAUCCGUCAGAAAUAUGCGGACCGUAUUCCUGUUAUCUGCGAAAAGGUCGAGAAAAGCGACAUCGCUACCAUCGACAAGAAGAAAUACUUAGUGCCAUCCGACCUGACGGUUGGACAGUUCGUGUACGUCAUUCGGAAGAGAAUCAAGCUAUCUCCAGAGAAGGCAAUCUUUAUAUUUGUUGACGAGGUGCUGCCACCGACCGCUGCCCUCAUGAGCAGCAUCUAUGAAGAGCACAAGGAUGAGGAUGGAUUCCUUUACAUCACCUAUUCAGGCGAAAACACGUUCGGCACAGCUUAG